GCAACAGAGACAUCGAUCAGCUAGCUAGCUGCUGCCAAGAGCUAGCCAGGGGACAGAGCAGCAGCUUGAAGUUGGUCACCAAUGCUAAGGAUGGGCCGCGCCAGCGCCACAGCAGGUGUGUUGCGCUUCGUCAGGGCGUUCGCCCUCUGCGUGGCUACGGCAUGCCUCCUCCUGGCGGCCGGCAUGCCCUCGCCUGUGGCGGCGCAGGACCCGUCGAAGCUGAGCCUGCAGUACUACUCCAAGACGUGCCCCAACGUGGAGCACGUCGUCCGGACGGAGAUGGAGUGCGCGGUGCGCGCCGACACGCGCAACGCCGCGCUCAUGCUCCGCCUCCAUUUCCAUGACUGCUUCGUGCAGGGCUGCGACGGGUCGGUGCUGCUCGACGACACGGCAACCAUGAUCGGAGAGAAGCAGGCGGAGCAGAACGUCAACUCGCUGAAAGGGUUCGAUCUGGUUGACAAGAUCAAGGAGAAGCUGGAAGCCGAGUGCCCUGGAACCGUCUCCUGCGCAGACCUGCUGGCGAUUGCAGCUAGGGAUGCGGUUGUGCUGGUUGGUGGGCCUUACUGGGAUGUCCCAGUAGGAAGACUGGACUCCAAGAAGGCGAGCCUGGACCUAGCAAACAGCGACAUCCCUACGGCCCAGCAAGGCCUCCUCACGCUCAUUGCCAAGUUCUGGGAGAAGGGCCUUGAUGCCACUGACAUGGUGGCCCUCGUCGGAUCCCACACGAUCGGAUUCGCUAGGUGCGAGAAUUUCCGGGACAGAAUCUACGGCGACUUCGAGAUGACGUCCAAGUACAACCCGUCGUCCGAGGCCUACCUGAGCAAGCUGAAGGAGGUGUGCCCGCGGGACGGCGGCGACGACAACAUCAGCGCCAUGGACAGCCACACCUCCGACGUGUUCGACAACGCCUACUUCGAGACCCUCAUCAAGGGCGAGGGCCUGCUCAACUCCGACCAGGCGAUGUGGUCCAGCAUCGCGGGCUACUCCACCUCCGACACAGUCAACAAGUACUGGGCCGACCCCGAGGCCUUCUUCAAGCAGUUCUCCGACUCCAUGGUGAAGAUGGGCAACAUCACCAACCCUGCCGGCGGCGAGGUCAGGAAGACCUGCAGAUUUGUCAACACAUAGGAUAUGAUAAUAUAUAUAGGAUGCUCGAGACUGCAGGAGAAACUCGGUGGUUGUGAUUGUACUUUACGCCUGCACCUUCUUUCGAUGGCUUGUUUAGGGUGGCUUGGAAAAUAAAAAACCCCUUUGCUGAGACUAUUGUAUUAUACAUAUGUAGCAUAUUAUAUGUUCUUGUCACUGUUAACCAUAUAUAUGGUUGGCUAUGUGAAGAUACAUACACAUCUUUGUCUGAAGAAUUCUACGGGUGAUUUGGCUGAGAUUUA